GGGACAUUAAACAAAAAUGAAAUUUCCAAAAGAAGAUAAAUAGGAAUUAUGCUUAAUUUAAUAAUUUUUAGUUUUUUAAAUAUAUUUACCUAUUACUUCUGCUUGGAAUUUAGAAAUAAUAAUAGCUGAUACAUCUCGAACCAAAAGGAGAAUUAAUUUUAUUAAUAGAUAAAAUAAAAUAGAAAAUAAUUUUUUUCAUGUAAAAGUGCCUAAUUAUAUAAUAAAACAUGGAAUAUGGCUUAAUUUAAGUAUUGAUACUAAUAGUUUUAUGGAAGUAUGGAAAGGUUUCAUAUAUUAAAUAAAAAAAUAAAUAAUAAAAAAAAGGUUAAACUUUUAGAUCUAUAGAUAGUAUAAUUAUUGGUUCUUAAUGUAAAUUAAGAAGAAUAUUUACAAUGAAAAAUCCUUUAUUUACAUAUGGAAACGAAGAUUAAGAAAUAUAAACAUAUUAAUACUAUUAAUAAAGUGAGGAUAUUCCUAAAUGUUUUAGUUUUCCUGAAGGGCUUUAAUAUG